AGAUUAGAAAAGACAAGCUCUGGGAGUGGGGUCGGGCCUUGGGGCACCAGCCGGGUUCGGGUGCUCGCGGACUGGGGGCGACACUGGCCUUUCCUGUCACAACUCAAAAGGCUUUUCACGGCCUCUCGGUGUCAACCGACAGCAUUGCACUCCCGAGGCCGAGGCGGCCGUGGCGCGGGUCCUGGCGCCCGGGCGGCGGGGGGAGUCCCCCGGGCCCCCCGUCGGGUCUCGCGGCCCCGCGGCGGCGCAGGUGGGGACCCCUCCCAGGCGGCGGGGCCGGUGGCCGGGAAGGAGGGGCUGGGCCGCAGCGCCCGCCCCCCGCUCCAUCACAUGGCCGCGGAGCCACAAAAACAACCGCCUUGGCCCAGCCCCAGACUCCAGCCCAGGGAGCCCGGGCCCGCGCGGCCGCCCCCUCCCCAUGGAGGACGGUCUGCUCCGCUCCUUCGGGAGGCUGAGCCUCGGGCCGCCGCCGCCGCCGCCGCCCCAGGCGCCGCCACCUCCCGCGCGCGGGCCUCCCGCACGCCGCCACGGCUGCAGGAAGCGCCUCUACCUCCUGCGCGGCCUCCCGGGCUCGGGGAAGACCACGCUGGCCAGACAGUUGCAACAUGACUUCCCCCGGGCGCUGGUUUUCAGCACGGAUGACUUUUUCUUCCGGGAGGAUGGCACCUAUGAGUUCAAUCCCGACUUCCUGGAGGAGGCGCACGACUGGAAUCAGAAAAGAGCGCGGCGCGCCAUGCGGGGGGGCGCGAGCCCCAUCAUCAUCGACAACACCAACCUGCACGCCUGGGAGAUGCAGCCCUACGCGGCCAUGGCACUUGAAAAUAACUAUGAAGUUAUAUUCCGAGAACCUGACACUCGCUGGAAAUUCAACGUUCAAGAGUUAGCAAGGUACUUCUUUGUUUUUCUAGUUUCUCAUUAUGUAUCCUGCUAUUUUCAGGUAUUUCAGACCGAACAAAAGAAUCUUUUCAGGCUGGAAAUGGACAUGGUAGUUUUCAGGCCAGAAAUGAAGAAAUAUUCACGGAGUCUCCCGGGAAAAGAUCCACCGAAUGAAAGAGCGGUACGAGCACAACGUGACCUUCCAGAGCGUGCUGCGCGCCCAGAGGCCGAGCCGCGGGAGCCGCAGCCAGGAGCGCGCACGGCCCGCCCGGGGGCCCCUGUGACCCGGGAGGCGUCACCCGGCUGCUGCGCCUGCCCUUGCGGCGUCAGUUUUCCUAAGUCGGGUUUUAUGUAAAGUUUUGGUAUUUAUUCUUCGUUCAGUUUUAGCCCGAGCUCUAAUUGCGGUGUAAGUCGCCGAGCCCCGCGGGUCCUCAGCGGUCCUCCUCCUCUUCAUCGGCGCCGGCAGCACCUGUCGGAGGGCUCCGUUCUGCACGGUCCAUGCUGGGAGUUCUGCAGAGCUGAUACAACAAAGUCCGUUUCUGUAGGGAGGAGAUUAAUUUGAAAUGGAACCCUCAGAACAUACCCAGGAACACAGUCAAUUAGUCACAUAGGCCCCUAAAGGAAAUGAAGUGUUUAGAUUAUGUAUGAACUUCAGUACCACUUGCGCUGAAGUCAUGUUGUUUUUGUUUUUGUUUUGUUUUUUUCAGGAAAUCCAUCCCCUUCAGGAAAGUUGGAAAGGUAGUGGAGUGGUGGUGGGCGGGGAAGGUUUAGUUCCAUUGCUGCUUUGAUAUCUACGACGCCAAAAGCGUGAGAUGUGUGACUCUAAUGAUGAUAUUGAGUUUAAAACCAAUAUGCCAGAAAAUAUACAUCUAAGUGAAUAGUCUUUCCAAGUAGACUCUGGGAAGUUAUUCCUUUAUUUUAAUGAUGUUAUCGGUUUAAAAUGUCUGGCAAAACCUUCUUAAUAGCUAUAGAAGCUACCGAGGAAAAUCAGUCUCCUUAUCUGAAGUCACACCUUGUAUUUUAACUUCCACUUUAUUCAAGAGGCUUCAACCUGAGUAACUUUCGGCUUUUGCUCAAGUAGUGUAAAUAAAACAAGCCUGCCUUCAUAAAGCACUAUUUUUUUAAAAGGAAUAAUUAAGGGAUUUAAAAAAUUAUGUCUAUAAAUGUGUGUAGUUAGUUGGCAGCCUCAAUAUUUGGGACUGCAAGGCUGUAAGGAUCCCACAACAUGUCAGACAGAGAAGGAUCCGUGAAAAGCCGUGCUCACCCACAGAUGGUCGAUCAGUCUUGGUGUUUUACAUCUCAUUAUUCACUACAAAGUUCCACCAUAAUUCUGGAGUGUCCCUUAUACCAAUAGCGAAUUAAUGAAUCCAAAUCAAAUUCCAGCAGGUUGCAAUCAGAUUAAUUUGGUGUGACACGACAGACAAGACCAUGUGGUACUGGGCUUUAGUUCCUGAUGGCCAACAGCUUUCUAAAGUUCCGUGAAGUAUUAUUUUAAGUGUCUCAUAUAAUGGUGCUUUGUUAGUUAUUGAAAAUUAUAUAUGGUAUUGCAUUUCUACAGAUUUGCUACUGAAUCUAAGCUUUUUAAAAUUCCAAAAAUAUAAAAAUUUACCUAAAUCUCAAAGAAUAUAGAAAAGUUUUCUAUAUCAAAAACUUAUUGACCCUCUACUUUAUAAAUAGGAGGCUCAAAAAUAAACUGAUGAAAGCAACGUUAUAUUUUACUUGCUUAUAUAAAUGAUUUGACUGUGCACCUCAGACUUUUACUUAACAUUCCAUUGUCUGACAAUAUUGUACUCUACCGGGCGUCUCAGUGGCUGCCAGCAACGCAAGCCGUGAUGCUCUUCCUGAACACUAUGUCACCUGGUACCUCCUCUGAGUAACAGUUUGGCUGAGAAAAUGAAAAUACAGUAAAUUUGAAUCACCCUAAGGUGUUACUCUGGUUUCCACUAAACUGUUGGUGCCAAGCACAGUUGUGCCCUCCUCGGUUGGCUCCUCCGGCUUGGCCCGGUCACCGCAGGCCUCCUGCCGGCAGGGUCACUGUGGAGCCAGCUCGGUAUGGACCGGGGCCAGUCGAGGUCAGGAGGGAAGUGUCAGAGCCCCGAGGGGCGGGCCCAGCCUCCUGGCCCGUGUGGCUCUGCGCGCGCUGGGUCACCUCCGCUGAGGGAGGCCCGCUCCUGGAGCAGGGCUCUGGAAUGUCACAGAGCUCGGAAUGAGAGUUUCCCAGGCUAUUGAUCUGCCUUGUCUUUUCCUAGAAGACCGGCUUGGAAGCAUAAGAAUAAUUGAUUAAAUGCUGCCAACUUUAUCCCAGCGAGAAGUGAUUUAUUUGUCCUCUUGAAUCCCAUGGCUCCUGAUUCAUACAUUUUUUUGAACACCCAACAUUGACUUGAACUGUUUCAUGUAUUAUUGAUGUUUGCAUCAUUCACAGAGCUGGCAUAUUGCUGUGUACAUUCAACAGGCUCUCAUUAAGUGAUUACUGAAUAAAUAAAUUGUUUUUACCAUUUA